GGGUCAGAGUACGUUACUCCGUUAUUCUUUGCUUUUCGAACUCUGACGAGCAUCUUUCCUUCCUUGAGCGCCAGGGUUUCUGUACACGCCUUUGCAACAUGGCCACCACGGAGAAGCUUAUAUCAGGCCAGACUGUUGCCCUGCAUAAUAGCCGGGAAAGUUGUUGGAUCAUCGUGCACGGAAAGGUUUAUGAUGUCACUGAUUUUCUAGACGAUCAUCCUGGAGGUAGCAGGAUCAUUCUUAAGUAUGCUGGAAAAGAUGCCACCGCUGCAUACGAUCCUAUUCACCCUCCAGACGCCAUUACGACCAACCUCACCCCUGAUAAGCACUUGGGAGCUGUAGAGCCAGAUACAGUAGAGAAGGAAGAAAUUAUAAUCACGGCUGAAGAGAUAGCUCGUCAAAAGCGUGUCGACUCUAGGCCACCGCUCUCUGAGAUUCUAAAUUUGCACGACUUUGAGGCGAUUGCAAAGGAUGUCAUGCACGAGAAAGCUUGGGCGUACUACUCCUCUGCCGCAGAUGACGAAAUCACAAACCGAGAGAACCAUGCUGCAUUUCACAGGAUAUGGUUCCGUCCUCGCAUAUUGCGGGAUGUAACUCAAGUCGAUUGGUCUACUACCAUCCUGGGCCAAAAAUCUAGCAUGCCUCUUUACAUUACUGCCACUGCUCUCGGUAAACUCGGGCAUCCCGACGGAGAGCUCAACUUGACGAGAGCUGCCGCGAAACACGGAAUUAUUCAAAUGAUUCCAACUCUGGCUUCAUGUUCAUUUGACGAAAUAGUUGAUGCAGCCCAGCCAGGGCAAAACCAGUUUCUGCAAUUAUACGUUAACAAGGAUAGAGCAAUCACCAAACGCAUUGUAGAGCAUGCAGAAGAGCGAGGCAUCAAAGGUCUCUUCAUCACUGUUGAUGCUCCACAGCUUGGUAGACGGGAGAAGGACAUGCGUCAGAAAUUCGAGGCAGAAGACCCAUCAGAAGUCAGUAAAUCCGGUCAGCAAAGUGGGGUUGAUAGGUCACAAGGAGCCGCCCGUGCUAUCAGCUCUUUCAUUGAUCCAAGCUUGAGCUGGGCAGACCUGAAAUGGUUCAAGAGUAUCACGAAGAUGCCUCUUAUCCUUAAAGGUGUACAAUGCUGGGAAGAUGCUCUCGAAGCAUAUGAUAACAACAUGGCCGGUGUUGUUCUUUCUAACCACGGCGGACGUCAGCUUGACUUUGCUCGUUCCGGAAUAGAAAUUCUUGUGGAAGUGGUAACGAAACUGAAGGAAAAAAGAGGACUUACGUUUCCCAAUGAAAAAUUCCAAUUGUUUGUAGACGGCGGUGUACGGCGAGCGACUGAUGUUCUCAAAGCCGUUGCUCUUGGCGCGACUGCGGUUGGCGUGGGUCGCCCGUUCCUUUAUGCGUAUUCGUCAUAUGGAGCCGACGGAAUGGACAAAGCGCUACAGAUUUUGCAUGAUGAAUUCGAGAUGAAUAUGCGACUCUUGGGGGCACGCUCCAUGAAAGAAGUCGUACCCGAGAUGGUCGACGCAUCAAAUAUCCACACGCAUAUUGUGGCUGUUCCAAGUGACAACUUGUAUGAGAGCAAUUACGAACGGUUGCAAGGUGCGCGUCUCAAAGAGUUGCAAGCGAAGUUGUAGAUAAGGAUAGAGGUGUGAACUCAUCUGGAGAGGUUCUUGGAAACCGGUGGAAUCAUUAGUAUGCAUUUUUCGAACUUGCCAUUUACUGUCAAAUCUCUCGUUGUUCUUUGCUAUUUGCUGUGGAACGCACAUCUAAAUGUACAAAUAUAUAUCACAUGUAUAUAUUCCAGGUUUUGGAGCCCGAAAAGUGCAGAUUACUUGGCGGGAAUAGUCGUGAGUGGAGAUAACCUAGAGUAAGCGAAUUACGAGUCGAUUCCUGGUUUCUAGAAUGAUAACAAUGGUGAAGGGAACAUAUGACCAUGUUCAAGCACCUCAAGUACGAGACUAGCCUGGCAUCCGAAUGGCCAGAAGAGGGGCUAGUCUAUGCAAGAAGUUCUUCGUGUACGUUGAAGUAUCGAACAACCUUGCCCAUAGCGCGACAUGUUCCCGUGCCGUUUUCGUCCCACUUUACAAUCCAACGACCGAGGAUCUCGCCUUUCGUAUUUAGCGUCUCGGCUAUCGUCUCUUCUCGCCCCUGCACGCCCACCUUGGAGGGUGUGCUAGAAUUCUCUUUGGAAGGGGGGAGAAUGAUCUGCUCCGCGAGCUCCCACUUGGCGAACGGCCGUUUUGUCUCGACGAGGAAGUUGACGUCGUAGACGCGGGUGACGAGUUUGUGUAGGCGAAUAGUAAGUGUGGUCAUCUCAAGACCUUCCAUGCCGUCGUUCUCGCUUGGAGAAAGACGGCGAAGAUCUGUCACGUAUGGACCGCCACACCAAGCGACGAGAGCGGUCGAUACGGCGCUUGUGGAUAAAGCGGUGGUGGCUAGGGCGAUGCGAGCGGUGGUAGGGAGAGAAGAUUCGAUGCCGAAUAUGAAGGGCGCCAUUGUGAAAGAAAGACCAAGAGAAGAGAGAGAAAAGACUUUGAGACGACGGAAUGUUUUGGGUGGAUGUGGUAUCAUUGGAUGCGUUGGAGGAAGAAGUAGACAGGAAACGAGAACAAAGGUGAGUGCUGGAGUGUGAUGGCGGUAAGGAUGGAUGGAAAAGGACUGAACGCUGGAGGGAUGGUUGUCUCCAGCGCAGACCGAGAUUGACGAGUCGCAGCAUACGGAGCGGAAAAGUGUGCGUCAGCCAAAUGACCACCUCGCACUCAGCAGGUCACGUGUAGUCAUAUGUAGUCAUCAUACAUGUAGUCCAGUCAUAAUCAUCAUAUCAUUCAAUAU